GCCUGGGGAAGGAGGGGCCGUGCACCAUAACCCCGCCCCAAUCCUUCUUCCUGCCGACUGACCUGCCGGGGCUGGAGGAGGAGAUGAGCCCCGGGACCAUGGAGAGCAAUAAGGAUGAAGCCGACCGCUGCCUGCAGAUCGGGAAAGCGGCGCUGCUGGAGGGGGACCGGGAGAAGGCCCGCAAGUUCUUCAGCAAGGCUGAGCGGCUGUACCCGAGUGCGGAAGCCCGAGAGCUGCUAGAAAAGCUUGAGAAACAAGAUGAAGCUCCAGGUAAUGGACCAAAAUAUGCAAAGAUGGCAAAUGGGGUGGAUCCUAACAAAAACAGUACAGAGAAAGACGGCGCCACUGGGGAUAGUGGUAAAGGUUUUAAUAAGGAACAGUUGGAAGGUGUAAAAAGGAUAAAGAGCUGUAAAACCUAUUACGAGGUCCUGGGGUUAAGUAAAGAUGCAGGCGAGGAGGACUUGAAGAAGGCUUAUCGGAAGCUUGCUCUAAGGUUUCAUCCAGAUAAAAAUCAUGCACCAGGAGCCACAGAGGCGUUUAAGAAGAUUGGAAAUGCAUAUGCAGUACUAAGCAAUCCAGAGAAACGCAAGCAAUACGACCUAACUGGAAGCGAGGAGAAUGUGCACAGCCAUCACAGAAAUGGUGGAUUUGACUACCGCAGGGGAUUCGAAGCAGAUAUAACUCCGGAGGAUUUGUUUAACAUGUUUUUCGGAGGAGGUUUUCCUUCAGCAAAUGUACGGACAUUUUCUAAUGGCCGGACAACGUGUAACCACCACCAGCAUCAGCAUCACAGUGGUCACGAAAGAGAAGAGGAGAGAGGUGAUGGGGGCUUCUCCAUGCUAAUCCAACUACUGCCUAUAAUAGUAUUGAUAGUUGUGUCUUUACUUAGCCAGCUACUGGUCUCCAAUGCACCAUACAGUUUGUAUCCCAGAUCCGGUCAAACUAUAAAACGCGUGACAGAAAAUCUCAAUGUAGCUUACUAUGUCAGCAAGGACUUUCAGUCUGAAUACAGUGGGAUGUUACUACAGAAGUUGGAGAAGAACAUUGAAGAGGAUUACGUGGUUAAUGUCCGGAAUAACUGCUGGCGAGAGAGACAGCAGAAAGCAGAUUUAAUACAUGCAGCAAAGGUUUACCGGGAUAAUAGACUGAAAGUGAAAGCAGAGUCAAUAUCGAUGGAUAAUUGUAAAGAACUGCAGCGACUGAACUCAAUCUACCGAGGUGGAUGAUGGAUCACGACAAUCCACCAAGUACAUAUACUUUCGUCCCUGUAAUAUAAGAGCUAUACAUUUUAUCAUGAGGAGGAAGUGAGAUAUAACACAUCCAUCAAGCUAAUGUGGAUCAUCUUGAAACUUCUGGACAAACUUGAAGGUCGCAGAGUCAUUUGUUUCCUUGUUUUUUUAUUUUAUUUUUAGUUCCAUUUAAUUGGUAACUAAGUGUAAAAACUAUAUAGAGCGCCCUGGACAUGACUUUUCCUAUGUUCAUGGGUAUCUUGUACAUAUGGUACUAAACUGUCUUGUAUAUAAGAGCUAAGAAUUUAUAUGUGAAGUAUGUUCUGUUUGUUUUUUGGUUUUUCAUUUCCACUAACUCUGAAGCAUCUCUGCACCAAAAAGUGUUUUAUUUCCUAUGCCAUUUGUUGUCUAAUCCUUUCGGACCAUUUUAAUCUGAGUUCAUAUUAAACAUAAUGAAUAUUUUGAGGGCCUUUUCCACUAUGUAUUGGUAUUUCCUAUCCUGAUGUUAAUAUAAUCAUGCACUGUAUGGGUAGCAAUUUUUGCUCAUGAGUGAGAAAUUCAUUAUUUCCGUAUAUUGAAACUUCUUUUAUUUAUCAUUUACGGUAAUUAUCCAUUAGUGGAGCAAGAUCACAUCCUGACAGAGUACUCAGUGUACUUUUAGAAAGAACAGGGAUAGUAGAGAACCAAAUAAAUAUACAUUCCUUUAUUAGGGUGCAUUCACACCACGUUUUUGCAAUACCUUUCCCGUAUCAGGUUUUUGAUGAGAAACUGAUUCCUCAAAACCGUACUAAACUGUAUCAAAACGUGUGUACAAAUUUCAACCCGUAUAUGGUUAAAAACCAUAUACAGUUUGAAAAAUGAUGUCCGGUUGCAUCCAUUUUUAAGGGAAAAAAAGUUUGUAACGUUUCACUCCAUUAUGAAUAAAGUUUCACUUGUUUGAAAUUCCAAGAAAAAAACUGUACAAAGUCAAAAACCGUAUGGUGCACACCGGAUGGAACCGUACGCACAUUGACUCCCAUGUUAGAAAAACGUAUACGGUUUCAAUACGGUUUUUCACCCGGACUAAAAAUCAUGGUAGGCUACAGUUUGGGGUACGGGGAAAAAAAAAAAACGGACAAAACCGUACAGGAUGCAAAACGGAUGCAUCGUUUGGCAUACAGGUUUCAAUGGAGAAUCCAUGCAUAUGGUUUUCAAUACGGUUCAUACGUUUUUUAAAUUGAAAACAUAUACGGGAACUGUGUUGCAAAAACGUGGUGUGAAUGCACCCUUAAAGAGAUUCUUCACCUUAUUCUACAAAUAUAAUUGCUAGCCGGAGCCUCGCAAAGGGGGGAAACAGCAGAUUGGUGUACAUCCCCAGUCCAGCUUUGAGCAGAACAUCUGACAUGUUCUACUAAGUGCUGGGUCUAUUGAGUGUUGGUUGUGUAUAACAAAUCUGGCACUGUGCAGCUGUACUAAAGACUCAUUCUGGGAUUUGUUAAUUUCUUUUUUGCUUAGAUAAUAUUAGAAUAAUAUGGAGGCUUUUGUGUACACUUAAUUCAGUUGAUGUGGAAUGCAUGGGUUGUCUGUCUUCUUAACUCCUAUUUCCCAUCUGAUAGGGUUUCCCAAUGCUGUCUACAGUUUCCAUUAUGUCUCUGGCUUCGCGGAGGCAAAGAGGUCCGAGUGUUCCCUCUGAACUUGCAGGUGAUAGAUCCGUGACAUAGAAUCUCUGUCCACAAACCCACGCUCUAGAAUAGCAAAUGAGAUACAGCUGCAGCCUGUCUUAUCUCCCUGUUUAUUGUAGCUCUGACACACAAGGGAGCAGUGUCCGCUUCUAUCACUGGAGAAUCUAAACAUAAGUGGCAGGCAGUAUGAGUCAGGGGAGUGUUAUAACUCUUCAAUUGAUCAGUGUAUGGACUCACCGGUUACUGUAUGUCACCUCUCUUGGCUCAACAGAGUUAGCAGCAGUAUUCAAUAAAUGGAAGAACAUACAGAAUCCUGUAGUUCACAGGAAGCAGCUGAUACAGGACAGACCACUUCUUGUUACAGAAUAGACAAUACAAUUUCCUGGUGGUCCAAGCUGCAAUAAUGUUAAUGGAUGCAGCUGUGCUGGAAUGAAAAAGCUGACACUACAGGAAUAUCAGGGGUGGGCAUUGCAUAGGCAAAACAAAAACAAAAUGAGAGCUCCUUCAUUCAUAUUUUUGCAAAGAAACCAUAUAGAUUUUAAUACUAAGCAAUCCAAUACCAAUUUUAUUUUUUUCAUUUCAAAAAGACACCCAGCUACUUUAUGGAAUAACUCCACAUAAAAGCAGAAAACUUGGAUGUGGCUGCUAUUUGCAGCAGUUGUUUGUAGCGACACACUGUAUAAUUAUUUCUUUUAAAAAGAAAAAACAAAAGUAUAUUACCAAGAUGACAGCAUGAGGAAAAUGUAUGGGAAAACAUAAUAGGGAAAUCUAUCAAAGGUAUUGCCCAUAGUUUAAAGGGGUACUCCGCCCCUAGACAUCUUAUUCCCUAUCUAAAUGAUAGGUGAUAAGAUGUCUGAUUGCAGGGGUCCCGCUGCUGGGGACCCGCACGAUCUUCCUGCUGCACCCGGCGUUUGUUUAGAGCGUUGAGUGCAGCGCCGGAGGCUAGUGACGUCACAGCCGCGCCCUGCUCGUGACU